UACAGUUUAAAGACGAAAUUCGUUAGAUAUAUAUUAGUCGGCACACAUGUAGCGAAACAGGUAGGCCUAUACUCGUGUACUUUUGAUAAGAUUCUGAUCGAAAGGGAUUCCACGCGAAAAGUUCCUACAUAACACCUGUUUUUUCAUAGUUGCAAGUUGAAUGAAUAAAGUGUCUGGCGAGAUUCGAACCUACAACCUCUGUCAAAGCGAGUAUCAUACCCAUUAGACCACAAAGACCCAGAGAAUAUAUGUGCACCCCCAGACACUUUCUCUCAUACAACUGAAUGAAACGAUCACACAUAGUGGAGCAUGCAACUAUCAAAAAUGCUAUGAUUCGGACCGAAGACUAGAGAAAACUGCUAGAGGAAAUUCGAUGUGUACAUCCGGACUGGCCACAAUAUGGAAACCUUAAACAAUACUAUAAUCAUUGACAUCGUGUCUUGCUUGAAAUGUACGCUUAUUUCGCAACCUUGUACGCUGUCCACUUAUAUUAUCGUUAUAUUUUUCAUCUUGUUGACAAUUAUACUUUUACUGGGCUCGAUCGGGAACCUUCUUGUCGUAAUUAUUGUUAUAUUGCGACCAAAAUUACGAACUGUCAUCAAUUUCUUCAUAUUUAAUCUAGCUAUCUCUGAUAUAGUGUCGUGUUUGAUUGGGAUACCGUUCAAUGCGUGGACAAAUCUAUUUCCACAAAACUGGGUGAUCGGUAAAUUAAUGUGCAGCAUCGUUCCCAUGGUGAUGUCAUGUUGCGUUUGCGCAUCCACGUUCACUUUCAUUGCUAUAGCCAUUGAUCGCUUCUGUCUUGUUGUUUUCCCACUUAAUACGUCACUGCAGCUCAGUAAAAGGUCUUGCUGCUUCGUCAUUGUGCUAAUAUGGAGUGUUUCAAUAGUAAUGACCCUACCAUUUGCCUUAACGCAUCAGGUGGCUGAUUUCAUGUGGUUAACAUUCAAUAAAGAAUGUAAUGAAUUUUGGGACGAUCAUCAACAGCAAAAACUAUAUUAUUUGGGCCUGUUCCUUUUUCAGUUUGCUAUUCCACUAUUAGUGGUGACUAUUACAAAUACCUGUAUUUCACUGAAACUAUCGCGUAACGUAACGCCAGGUACGAUGAGCACUGAACGGAAAAAACGAGAGAAUUCGCGCAGACGACACAUGAAUCGAAUGUUGUCACUCGUAGUGUUAUGUUUUGCUUUCUGCUGGCUACCGCUUAGUAUUUUUAGUCUGGUUUUAUUAUUCUAUAAUGAAGAUGGGGGAACUUGCGUGAGUAAAGUGAGGGAUAUGUGUGGCUUGUACCAGUAUAACCUUAGUGAGAAUGACAGUUACGUACUAUUUUAUACAGCGCAUGAUUUUGAUAUUGAAAAUGGCUGUAAGAAUUUUGACGUCAAUAGUUUUCCAUCAGUAAAAUUGGAAGGGUCAGAAUACUCAGACACCAUCACAGCAAUGGCCACUCUCACAUUAGCUGCUUCGAACUCUUGUUUCAACCCUAUUCUGUACGCGUGGAUGAAUGAUAAUUUCAUGAGAGAAUUCAUGCGGUUGUUUUCGCGUAUACCUGGGCUCAGAGCGCUCGUAAAGCGUCGAAAUAAAAGCGGUAGUAGUGACUACACAUCAAUGAACACAAGAAAUAAACACCAGUCGCAAGUUAGUACUGGUACUUGUCCGGUAGUCGAAACAUCAUUUGUGGCUACAAAAAGAUUAUCUAUCGAUACGAACACACACGAUGUGCAAGUGAGCACGAAAUAAUAUUUGAUUAGCUGCCUCUUGGAUUUUGAUUAAUAGAUUUGACUUAUAUCACAAAAUGCAGCUUAUUUACAAAGGAGGAUGCUCAGUCAUCCCGAUUAUGAAAUGCAGUACAACAGUGUGUUAUUCCCGUAUUCUUCAUAUUAAAUAUGAAACAAAUCAAUAGAGUGGUGGAAUUAGAGUUGACAUCAAUGUAACAGGAUCGACGUGUUUCAAAACUGAAAUUUAUUUGAAUAUGUAUGUAUGUAUGUAUGUAUGUAUGUAUCAGUUUUUAUGGACGUUCCUAUUGUAAUAUAUACAAAUAACCAAAUGUAAAAUUUAAGGUGUUUCAUGCAUUAAUGAUUUGUAUUGUUAAUCAAACCAGCUUUCAUUUUUAUUGUUUAGUAAAAACCAAUAUAAACCAUCCCUUAGUUACACCAUUACCCCUUUGCACACAGUAUUCUUUUACACCAACAUUUAACACACGGCUCGCCAAGAUGGAACGAAGUUUUAUUAAAUAAAUCUCAUUGAAGCCAGCCCCCAGAGGAAAGAAAGGUUAAUGAGAUACACAUUUUUUUUUUAUAUUUAAAAACUGGGGGAAAAGGGUUGUUACACACAUUUUCCCCCAGUUUUUAAACAUUAAAACAAUUUGUAUCUUAUAAACCGUUUCCGAGUUUUCCGGCAAACACGUUUUGUGUGUCUUAGAAAAAUGAGUUGUACAACAUAUACAAUUUUUUCCUCCAAAGCAUGUGUUUUAGAGGCUUGAGAAGUGGGGUUUUUUAAGCCGGGUACUCACAGCGUAGUACGACAAAUCUUACUCUGCUCUUUGUGAGCGCUAAGACAACUCAACACCGUCUUGCUGUUUGCAUUUGGCAGUCUGAACGGAUCGUCACUAACGACGUUGCGUUCAACAUAGAAUCGCGUCGGCCGACGACCGCGGGCGCAGUGAGUGCUCGGCUUUAGUAGAAAAGAAUAUUUUUACCAUCACAAGAUUUUGAUUGAAGUCUGACUUUGUGAUUGGAAGGCAAGCAUCUUAACUGUCAUGUUACAGCUCCAUUCGCCACAUUGUUUACAUAGCAUACUGUAAUAAUCAACAAUCAUCACUCAUCAUCCUAUUAAACAACUGACAUGGGAGAGAAUGGUUGUUCUUCGUUAAACCACGCCCACCUGCGCAGCGGUAAAAUCCUACUUAACGAAGACGACCAGUCGAAUAGAAAACUUGUAAAUACUCGACAAAACAAAAUGGCUGCUUAGUUA